ACACACCCACCCACAUUCAAGCAUACAUACAUUAAACACAGAGACACGUACUGGCCCUGAGUGACAACUGUCAGGGCUGGAACUUUGAGCUUUAGGUGGAACAACAAAGUGGGUGAAAGAUCGAAGCCUGUCUAAGACAUUAAGAGGAGUGAGCUUCUAGGGAAGGAAAAUAGAUUUAAAGAAAAGAGAAGAAAAAAAGGAGACUGUGCUACAAAUGUAACUUGAACGAGAAGAGAACAAGACAGACGUGUGGAGAGGAUGGCGCUCAUAUCUCCCCUCAGCAGGAGGGCCUUUGUUGAGCCUUGAUUCCUGCUUGUCGGGUGACGCCUUUCCCUCAAGGAGUGCAAGGGGUAAAUGGCUGAGACUGGCAAGAUGACAUCCUUACACAGUCUGGGCUUGGUAUUGGUGGAAUUUGAGUAUGAAUACCAGGGCCGGGACGGUCACAAGGUGUCCAUUAAACCCAACGAGCGCUACAUCCUCCUGGCCAAAACCAAUGAUCAUUGGUGGCAUGUGUGCAAAGAUGAACAUGCCAAGCCAUUUUAUAUCCCUGCUAAAUAUGUAAAAGAGCUUCCACCCAACAUACCUUCACCUCUGGACUUCAGAGAGCCACCAUGCCCUGAUCUGACACCUGCUGUGCCUGACCUGGCAGAGGUCCGCAAAUUGGAUGAGGUGACAAUUAGACUACGUUCUAAAGGGAAUUAUCAUAAAACGGAAAAUCGAAUGUCGACUUUUGGUGUCCCUUUGGAUUUACACGAGCCCCCUUCUUACAAGUGUGGUGGACCUCCAGACUCUGUCAUAUCCCUGCUUACGGUUUCUGCCUCAGACUCGUCGCAGCAGAAGAAGAGGAUGAGUCAUGCGACCAGUCUGUUCUUUGGCUCUCGUAGCACUCCAGCUGAAACAGUGCCUGAUAAGUUCAGAGUGCCCAGCUUCAGCCCGGCCGACCCUCUUCAUAGACCUAUCCCGGUCAAACCUCUGGAGCUCCCUGUCUUCAAAAACACAACAGAAACCAAGUCUCACAGGAAGUCACCAGAGCCCGAAUCCCCAAUUGAGCCUGAAAGUGAAAGCUCCAGUUCAGAACCACUGCCAUCACCAGACUCAGAGAAUAUUUAUGAAUCCAUAUCGGAUCUGAAUCUAGACGAGUUGAUACUGACUGACAAAGCACCAACAGGAUUGCCAAAUGCACCAGGCUCGCCCCCAAAGAUAAAGGUUGAGAAUGAAAACCCCAACACGGCAGUGUACGCUAACGUUACUGACCUGAAGAAGAACGGCCCUCGCUCUCCGAUCUCCUCUGCCUCCAACUGCUCCUCACCAGGCAUCACCCUCAGUCCCGCCCCUGACUCCACCUCCCCUCCUGAAUUGGCUGGAUGGCAGGUCCAUACUGACCACGACAGUGGCAAGGAUUUCUACUACCACCCUGCCACGGGGCAGAGCAGUUGGUCUGAUCCCCGUAGCCCCCACCCAGGAGUUGGUAUGGAGACCUCCCCCUUUCCCUCAAUGUCCACCCCAUCAUCAGCCCACUCACAGGGCUCUGACUGGGAGCAGCUUUUGGAUGAGGCCACUGGGAAACAUUACUACUAUAACCACACUUUGAAGCAAUCCUCUUGGACUGUGCCAGAGCCGCUGUCCCCACUGCCCACUGCUGACGGGGUGCAAGAUCAUAGCAAGCAAGCAGAUGUGCCGCCACCUCUGCCAGAGGAGGACUAUCCUACGAAUGAUCAUGAGGAAUCCCAUAAUCUUCCUCACCUCCCUAAGGAUCUUCAGUUAACCCAAAUCAAACGCACCAUCAUUCCUAGGGCUGCUAUGGACACACAUAAAGAUGCCCCUGUGGGCUGGAGCUGCUCUGUAGAGGAUGGAAAAACUGUCUUCACAAGUGAACACACACACGAACAGUGGGUCCAGUCUAAAGAUGACAAAGGGAAGGUGUAUUACUACUCAAAAGAUGGGUCUAAAUGCCAGUGGGUUCUUCCAGAGGCUUCAAUCUUGCCCGGUCAGCCAACGAUGAGAAACGGAAUGGACCAAGAUGCUCAAUCUGUUCAGAACAACUGGAGACACACUAUGGGCCAGUUCAAUGUAUCUCAGGAAGAUCUGAAAUUUUACCCCUCUCACAGGAGGAUCGCCUCUGACUAUGCCAGCGAUGCCUCCAGCUCAGGGAAUUCACCAGAAAUACAACAUCACGAUAAAAGGCCAAGACGGCGGCGGAACCUGUCCAAUCAGAGCGUCGAUUCACAUUCACAUCAUUCAUCAUUGGAGAAAGCUGGCAUUCUCAAUAAGACCAAAGUUGCUGAGAAUGGAAAGAGGCUGAGGAAGAACUGGGCACAAUCGUGGACCGUUCUCCAUGAUGGCAUACUCACCUUCCACAAGGACCCUAAAUAUACGCCUGCUGGGAUGUCGACCAAGAGCAAUCAGAUCGUCCCAGAGUACACAGUGGAAUUGAAGGGAGCGACUCUAUCAUGGGCGUCCAAAGAAAAAUCAAGCAAGAAGAACGUUCUUGAGCUGAAGACACGUCAUGGUUCAGAGUAUCUGAUACAGUAUGACACAGACAGCAUCAUCCACGACUGGCACAAGAUCAUCCUGGACACCAUCAGACUGCAGGACAACGGCCAUUACUCCGAGGAUGAGGUAGAAGACAUUCCAGAAAAAUCUCCAUUGCCUGCAGACAGAGAGAGGAAGACUGACUCAACAAGGUUGAGCACGUCAAGCAACAUAGAUGUAGAAGAAGGACGUGUUCGCAACAAAUUACGGAAGUUCCUCCAGAGGAGGCCCACCCUACAGUCAGUCAAAGAGAAAGGCUACAUCAAAGAGAAUGUAUUUGGCUGCCACCUAGACACCCUGUGUCAUCGGGAAAACGCAACCGUGCCCAAGUUUGUGGAAAAAUGCAUCAGAUCUGUGGAGAAAAGGGGUCUAAAAAUAGAUGGAAUCUACAGAGUGAGCGGGAACCUGGCUGUGAUACAAAAGCUUCGUUAUAAAGCUGAUCAUGAAGAGGAUUUGGAUCUGGAGGACGGGCAGUGGGAGGAGAUCCAUGUGAUCACAGGAGCUCUAAAGCUCUUCCUGCGUGAACUUCCGGAGCCUCUGUUCCCUUACAGCUUCUUUGAUGGGUUCAUUGCUGCCAUUAAAAUGAGUGACUACAAACAAAAAGUGUCAUAUAUGCGAGAUCUGGUGAGAAACCUGCCUUUGCCCAACCAUGACACCAUGGAGGUUCUCUUCAAACAUCUUCGCAAGGUGAUUGAGAAUGGGGAGUCGAACCGCAUGUCUGUCCAAAGUAUGUCCAUCGUUUUUGGCCCAACAUUACUGAGACCACAAGAAGAGUCCAACAUCACCAUCCACAUGGUCUUCCAGAACCAAAUCGUGGAGCUCAUUCUCAACGAAUACAACGAGGUCUUCCAAACCAAAUAAAAUCAUCCAACUCAAACAGAAUACAACCCAUCGACUCCAAAAUCUUACAUUACCAUGAACUCUCCUGUGAAAUGAACAAAGUUACUGAUUGUUCUCUGUUUACUGAUUGGAUACAGACUUUCAUAUAGGUUAAGAUCAUGUUUAGAAAUGUGGACACAUGAUUGGCCAGUAGGCGCUAACAAACUUGUCACAGAUCCCCAUUCAUGUUUUCUUUUGAACCAAAUUCAUAACCAAUCAGCAAUGUUUUUCAGCAGUUAUGGUGUCAUAAGGUUUUAAUGUCAGUGGAUAUAUACUCGAAUGGAAAACAUUUUAAAGACUGAUAUCCAAGCUGGAAGUAUUCAUUGACCCACAUCUAAGGACCACCUCUGGGUUUACAGUCCUAGGUUGGAUUUCAGUACCCUGUGAAACAUCAUCAUCAGGAUUUCUAAAAGACUUAGUUCAAACAUUUGCAUGAGUGAGAAGCUUUGAUUGGAUUUUUGGGUUUCAGACAUGGUGCCUCAGAACUGCCUUGUUCCAAAUUGUUUCUCUGAUCCAUGUUCUUGGUACUUAUGAAAUGAAGUGAACAAAAUGAUCAUCAGCCAAUAUGAUCAAAGAAAUCCUGUCCGAUAGGACAUUUGUUUGUUAAUGCAAUGCGAACAUGACACACUUGUGGAGUCCUCAGUGAACUUUUGACAGUGCACAUACUUGCACACUACUGAAAAUUAUAUAUUAUUGCCUUGUCACUAAAGUAUUGUGCCUGUGGAACAUUAGAAACAUCCUUCAGUUAGUCAAUCAAACAAAUAGUUUCAUUCCUGUGAGGUCUCAGUGCAGAGGUUGAAUAAGUGCCAAACAAAAGAUCCUCUAUGUAUGUUUGCUUGGUGUAAUUUAUCUCAGAACAAAGAUGUUUAUGAUGAAACCCAGACUUUAGAAGUGCUUAAUUACCAAAGUGGUAAGAGCACUUUUAACUUUAUUACUGGAAAGAGGGAUUGUUGUUAAAACUAAAAAAGAGUUUAAUUAACCAACCGACUAACAUAGUAAAUAUAUUUUAACUGUGCCUUUAUGAGCAAAUAUUAGUAUAAAAUACUGACAGUACAAUGCAUGAGUAUGAAUGCAGCAAAAAUAAAAUGUUGACUCUGCAUUGAGUGGUAAAUACAAACUUUGUGUAUGUAGACUAAAGCUGUACAUAUUUUUACAGACUUUUGUUUAUAUAAAAAUAUGGUUAAGUAAUAAUUGGCAUUUUCAGUUUUAUUAGAGAGAUAAGUAUUCUGUAAAUAAAACUGAUACACCGUUUUAAUUUUAUGCAAAUAUGUGCAUAGUUUUUACACUUGUAAUUAGUGAGAUCAAGCAAAUGGACAGAGAUAAGAUAUAAAAAGAUAUUUUAUUUUAAGUAUUACAGGAGUGUUCAUUCGCAAUUAUUAUUUUGCAAGUCAGAUGAAACCUAUGCACAUCAAUUUAAAAAAGCAAACAGAUAUUAUCACUAGACUAUAGAUCAGUGCAAUGUGGGAAACCAUCAAUAAAUGUGGUGCUUCCGA